AUGCAUCGAGAAAUGGACACUCCUGCGGAGGCUAACGAGUCAAGCGCGGAUUGUUCUGCGUCGUCGGGGCUUCGUAUCAGCAUCCCCAAGUCUCCAGGGUUUCGGCGAUGGGAUAGCCUUCAAGACACCGUCGCCGUUACGAGGAAUCAAAACAAUUUGCAUUUGAGCCCCAUUAGUGGAUUGAGCAGCACUGGCGCGAGUCCGUUAAAUGCAGGCGACCUUGGAAAACAGAUAGCGGCAGCGGAGGUGAGCAAUAAAAUAUCGUCACAAGCGCUGUUGAGCGUGACUGGCUCCCGAUUCAUGCACGGCAUUUCGCACCUUGAGGUGCAACACAAUGAGAGUUCCCUAGAGGAGUCCGCGAAGGAGCUAAGGAGCUUUCACGGUCUGCUGCAUGAUGACCCGCUGCAAACGGGAACAAGAAGAGUCAAAGCCACUGAUGUAGUUAUCCAUGAUAGUGAGAAUGACUUUGUGCCUAUGCGAGUCAAACACGGCUUCGUCAGCUCACCCUGCACGCCUACAACACCGGGUGGGAUGCGGGUCGCAGAACCCUCGGACCGAACCACGGUGACGUUGGAGGACAUGCUGCGUGACGCCUCGAAGAACCACGGCGUGCGACUUACAUGGCUUCUGUAUGGCAUGAUUUCAGUUGUUGUGAUCAUCUUCCUUUUGCUCAUUGGGCAGGUUCAACUUGUGGAGAAGAACAACAUCGUCGCCGGUGAAGAGGAAAUAGCGGCAGUAUCAGCUGCAACCUCUGUGAAUCAACUGAGGUCAUUGCAAUACAGCACGAAACAUUUGAUGCAGCUCUUCGACCUCGCAAAGGACCGCUUUCAUCUUGAGGGAACCACAAAGGUAGACAUUGGUGAUCUUUGUGCGAGUAUUGGUGGGGCUGCUUUGGUUUUUGCAACAUACAGUGGACCAAAUGGCUCCCUUACUUGGUCGUAUGAGUGUCCUAUAGCCAUUUCUAAUGGUGUCCUCGCACCGCCGUAUCUAAGUUCCGUGGAUAUGUCGAGUGGCCAGCCGCUGCGCAUCGCCAUCUUUCACUCCGAUUAUCUCAUCGCCACGAUGGGCUCAUCCAGUGGAUCAGAAGUGCUUUUAGUCGUCCUCGCAAAGGAGCCGGUAGGUCAACUUCUUCUAGCAAACUCCAUCCCGGCAUACAGCUCAUUGACGCUAAAGCGAUGUUCGGUCUCCUUUAUUAUGCCAGAGUUUACUUCAACCAAUCGUCUCGUUGCUCUCCACAGCCUGAGCAAAGAAUACGACAACUACAGCAUUGCACAACCUACACCGCUGGCCCAGGAGCUGCACAGAACAUUUGAUCAGGUGUGCGCUGCAGGAAAGGCAUAUACAUGGCAUAAUGUGAUGCGUCCUGAUUCAGAUGAGUCGUUCACGUGGAAAAACAACCCCUCGGACUUCUCCAGUGGCAUGCCGUCUCCUUACAUUGAGUACAAGGGUGUAUGGGGUGGAGUCUCACGCGUGGCGUUGUGUGGUGCCUUGUGCUAUGACCACACUGCAGAUUCCUGCGUUCCUGAAAAUCCCACCGCCAUCUGGUUCAUUGUUAGCGAUGAGCCCUUAGUGCGAGAGACACAAUCGACUAUAAUAGCUGUUGUAGCAGUAAGUACUGCUGCUGUUGUGCUAUUUCUAGUCAUGAUUUUAAUUGCUUACUUCAGUAUCAGUGUCCCAGUCAAGCACCUAAAUACACUUAUUUUCAGUGCUGUUGGCGACAAGCGAGUGAGGACAAAAAGAGAAAAUUUGCUGUUUCAGUACACGCGAAGCUGUUGGCUCGGCGAUCUUCAGGCUCUCGUACGAACCUUUCAGUUGCUCGUCUUCUGCUUUCGACUAAACAAGAAAUAUGUGCCACAACACAUUCUUGAACAACAGGUGCUUGAUUUGCAGACCCGCAAAGAUUUCCUGAAAAGCACAAUCGUUGAGGAACUGACCGAAUAUGAAGAGGAGGACGAAGAUGAUGAUGAAACAGCAGCGGUGAAUGGCGGAGCGGACAUGACGGCAUUUGUCAACACGGUCUCUGUGGUGGACGGAAUGUCUAGUAUGAACAAGUUGAAUAUGCAUGAGGCGUUAGCGCAGCCUGCUGGAAGAAGGAUGCGGCGCGAAAGCAGUGCGUGUUUUAAUGCUGCUGAAGGCGAGGUGGGUGAAACGAGUGCCACCUUUGGGAUGACGCACAACAGUGAUACGUUUGGACGUGGUAUGGCAAUAGUUGAGAGCGCCACUAUACUAUCUGUCUACCUCUGCGCUGUCGAGAUGGCGUACUUCAGCAACUACGGUCUCGCUGUGAAGCAGCACCGACGUAUUAUGAAUCUCCUCCUCGGGAGAAUUCGUCAUUACCGUGGAGAGUUAUUUCAGCGGUCGGGGGACUGUAUCGCAGCCACGUGGAACGCCUUUGAAAGUCGCACCGAUCAUGCCCAGCGUGCCGCGGCAUGUGCGCUGAGCAUUGCAAGGUUACUGGCUCCGUAUCGUCAGGCAGGUUUCCGUGUGGGUAUCGUGCUGCACCAGGGACCAUUUGUGUGUGGUGUUGUACAAGACAACAAGGAGGCCUUCACAACAGUGUUUGGCUCGGUGCCUCGCCAGGCGCUUGCACUUGCUGAGUUGGCAGCGUCCCUCCCUUGCUUCAAUGUACUGGUGGCGGAACCUGUUAAACAAUCCUUGUCAUCUCUCUAUGAGUGCAUCAUGGUUGAUGUGAUCAAGUACCACGAGGAUGACACCCCUAUGGUUAUGUUCGAGCUCGGUGAGGAGCGUAAGACACCAUUGAUGAAGGGGAUUCCCCAGUCAUCAUCAGCAUUUGCCGAGGAACACGCAUGUGUGUUUUUUGAUUUUAGACACCAUAACUUUGAUCGCGCGUUGGCUGGUAUUGAAACGUUGCGGAUGCGUUUCCCAAGAACGGGGCGCCGAUUGUUGAGCCGCAUCGAGGUACUCUGUCAGUACUACAAAGACCACAGUAAGGAACUACCGCUUCCGUACUUUCGAAAUUACCCAACGUGGCCUAUUUACGAAGCUAUUGCAAACGUUGAUGCGACAAGCGAACUGCUUGUACCAGACAGUAAGGACGACGGCCUCACAGAUGUAUACCGGUUUCCAAAACAGUCCAAAUCUAUCUACGAGGAUGAUACGGUGAAGUUCCGUCAGGAGUUGCAUGAUAAUGUACUUGCCUCUAGACGAGUACAAGGUGUGGGAACUGCGGUAAAGCCGUUGGACGCUGGGGCACUGAGAAGUGGGGCAACAAGCUGCAAGGCGACCCCAGCAUCCGCUGUAGCUGAGAGUCAACUCCAGCCAGAGCCCUUCUCGCUCCCGCCUUCCCCUGCAGCUGAGAUUGGCUCAGCAGCAUCACCAGUUAUGGCGGCGUUUGCAGCGCCAGCAGCAGGUAGCGAGACAAAACCUGGAAAACCAGUGACGUUGUCUAUAAUGGAGCCGCUGUCGAUGGCGGAGCCACUGCGACGUGUGGGAACCAAUUCGUGGAAACAAAGCACGAGUGAGGAUGAGGGUCGGAGUGACGUCGCCGCCACCGUUCUGGAAGGCGGCGGCGGCGAAGGAGGAGGAGGAGGAGCGACGGGUGGUGAAAGAGACUCGGGUGAACGAGGGUCGGUGCUUUCUAUCCGCACACCCAAUGAGUCCUGUACCGAGGAUAACGGCACUGGUGAGGCGAUGAGCGGAGAUGGGCGUCAGCGUUUCUCCUUCACCAACCGGCUGGGUCCGACCGUCAUUAGGGGGUGCAGUCGCAGUCAUCUUGGCGGCACUGACUCCUUUGUCUCGUUUCAGAGCGACGUAGUGGCUGGCGCAGCGACUCUUUCCCUCAGAGACCUUGACGGCUCUUUCACAAAGCUCACGUACGAGCUUCCAAAGGAAAUAGUGGCCAAAAACGGCAUCACGUACCUGCGCAGCUCUCGCAUACUCGGGAAAGGUUCCUUUGGCUGCGUCUACCUCGGUAUGGAUGUCCUCAGUGGUCGUAUGGUGGCCAUCAAGUUCCUCCCACUGCCGUCAGAUGAGGAGGAGGUUAGCAAUGUAGAGACAGAAGUGGUGACGAUGCAGAAGGUGAAGAGCAGCCACGUCGUUGAGUUCAUCUCGUACGCCUUCAAGAAUGAUCUUAUCAUUAUCAUCAUGGAGUGCAUGAUGGCAGGAUCUCUCCAAGGCAUGCUCUCCUCCUUUAACAGCAUCCCUAGCAUGACGGCGCGCCUCUUCAUUCGGGACGUACUGCGUGGAUUACACAAAUUGCACUCGAUGGGUGUAAUCCACCGUGACGUCAAACCCCAAAAUGUCCUUUUGACGCUUGCCGGGAACUGUAAAAUAUCUGAUUUCGGGGCGUCUGCCUUCCUGCAGGAACUCGUACGGAGGCGGAUGGAAGGCAAGGGCCUGCAGGUGCAAGGCACACCCGUUUAUUUGGCGCCGGAGGCCGCCCGUGGCACUCCAGAAGAGAAAAGUGACAUCUGGAGUUGCGGUAUUGUGUUCAUCCAGCUUGUGACUGGGAAACUGCCAUAUGCGGAGGAGUUCCUUGGGAUGCCGCCGCAGAUUCUUGUCUUUCAGAUUGGCAGCGGGGCGGCGAUGCCCAUCAUACCGGAGAGUCUUGACAAGUUUGACACGGAGUUUGUGCGUAGCUGUCUCAAGGUUAGUCCAGACGAGCGUCUUUCGGCGAAGCGGCUCUUGGAGCUUCCAAUGUUCGCUUUGUAA